AUGCGCUUUAACACUGCAUUGACAUCGGCUCUGGUCUCCUCCGCUAGCCUCAUGGGCUACGCCCAUGCGGAGGAGGAGACUGCGGAUACCACCGUCAUCGACAAGCCUGCCUUCACCCCCACUAGCCUCAAAGCCCCCUUCCUGGAGCAAUUCACAGACGACUGGGAGUCUCGGUGGAAGCCUUCCCACGCGAAGAAGGAUGACAAGUCCGAGGAGGAGUGGGCUUACGUCGGUGAAUGGGCAGUUGAGGAGCCCUCUGUCUUCAAGGGUAUUGAUGGCGAUAAGGGUCUGGUCGUGAAGAACGCUGCUGCCCACCACGCCAUCUCCGCCAAGUUCCCCAAGAAGAUUGACAACAAGGGCAAGACCUUGGUGGUUCAGUACGAGGUCAAGCCGCAGAACUCCCUGGUUUGCGGCGGUGCCUACCUUAAGCUUCUCCAGGAGAACAAGAAGCUCCACCAGGAGGAGUUCUCCAACGCCACUCCCUAUAUCAUCAUGUUCGGCCCUGACAAGUGCGGUGCCACUAACAAGGUUCACUUCAUCUUCCGCCACAAGAACCCGAAGACCGGCGAGUACGAGGAGAAGCACCUUAAGACUCCCCCCGUGGCCCGCACUAACAAGGUCACCUCCCUCUACACCCUGAUUAUCAACCCCGAUCAGACCUUCGAGAUCCUCAUCAACGGUGACUCUGCCAAGAAGGGCAGCCUCCUCGAGGACUUCAACCCUCCCGUCAACCCUGAGAAGGAGAUUGAUGACCCCAAGGACUCUAAGCCCGCCGACUGGGUCGAUGAGGUUCAGAUCGCCGACCCCGAAGCCACCAAGCCCGCCGACUGGGAUGAAGAGGCUCCCUUCGAGAUUGUCGAUGAGGAGGCCACCCAGCCCGCCGACUGGUUGGAGGACGAGGCCGAGAGCAUUCCCGACCCCGAGGCCGAGAAGCCCGAAGAUUGGGAUGACGAGGAGGAUGGAGACUGGCUCGCUCCCACUGUCCCUAACCCCAAGUGUGCCGAUGUCUCUGGCUGUGGCACUUGGACCCGUCCUUUGAUUAAGAACCCCGAGUACAAGGGCAAGUGGGAGGCUCCUCUCAUCGACAACCCUGCCUACAAGGGUGUCUGGGCCCCCCGUAAGAUCAAGAACCCCGCCUUCUUCGAGGACAAGACUCCAUCCAACCUUGAGCCCAUGGGCGCCAUUGGCUUCGAGAUCUGGACCAUGCAGAAUGACAUUCUGUUUGACAACGUCUACAUUGGUCACUCCGUUGAGGAUGCUGAGAAGCUCCGCCAGGAGACCUUCGAUGUCAAGUUCCCCAUCGAGGAGGCUGAGGAGGAGGCUACCAAGCCCAAGCCCGAGGUCAACGAGGAGGGUACCACCGUCACUUUCCAGGAGGAUCCUGUUACCUUUGUCCGCCAGAAGGUCAACCACUUCGUUGAGCUGGCCAAGGAGGACCCAAUUAACGCUGCCAAGACCCUCCCUGAGGUCGCCGGUGGCCUGGGUGCGCUCCUCUUGACCAUGAUCCUCGUCGUUGUGGGUGCCAUUAGCGCCAGCAGCCCUGCCGCCCCGGCCGAGAAGAAGGGCAAGCAGCCCGCCGGUGCUCCCAAGGAGAAGAAGGAGGAGGCUGUCACCUCCUCCGCUGAGACCAGCAAGGGCGGUGCCACCAAGCGCACCACCCGAUCCUCCGCCGAGUAAACGCGAUAAUUGGAAACCAAUUAUACGCAGAAAAGAAUUUUACCCAUAAACCCAAUCAGCGACCAGAUUUUGCAUUUUAGUUUCCGCCGUGAUCCCCUUCUUGUUGUGUCUUGGCCGAUGUAGUAGUCA